AUGAAACUGCUGUUUGUGGUGACGCUCUUGUGGCGCGAGGCGCUGUGCGGGUCCCCGAGCGUGCAGAUAGGUGAGAUCUUCAUUUCUGUCACCCUCCUCCUCCUCCUCUUAAUCUUCAUCCGUUCAUCGGUGUGUCAGCGUUAUUCUCACCAUCUGAUUUUCCUCCUUCUCCUCAUCCUGCUGCUGCUCCUUUUUUCUCCUCUUCCUCCUCCUCCUCCUCUGCCUCCUCUUCCUCCCCGCUGCGGGCCUCCUCCUUUUCUCCUCUCCUUUUCGCCCAGCUCGGAGGCCUCCUCCUCCUCCACUGCAGUGCUCUAAUUAUGUCAACAUUUUCAUCUUUUAUAUGUGUGCAUGUGCUCGUGUAUCUUACUGACAGUGCAUUGUGUGGUGCGUGCGUGCGUGUGCCCAUGCUGUCAUAAAGAUGUUUACUGAUGUUCGACUGGACAGGUAGAGGCGUCCUGAUCCAAUCUAAAUCUGGUCCUGAUUUGGUUUUGAUCAGGUUCUGGCCUGAAUUUGGUCCUGGUCUGGUUCCAUGUUUGCUUACUCUUGGUGGCAGACACGCAGGUGUCAAAAUCAAACAAACCCUCCUUCCAAAGGAAAGCUUCAGCCGAGUGUGGAGGACCUUAUGUAAGCAGUGUCUCUGAAUAUGAAAUAAAACACAGUUUAAACCUUAAAGUUCAGUUCCUUUAAACUUUUAAAUCUCAGUUUCACAUCAAAAUGCUUUAAUUCAUUUCAGGGUUUCACUUCUAACUUGAACUCUUGCUGGUGUGUUGUCUGUAGGGCUGUCACUUUUACCUAAUAUUUUGGCAUUAGUUUCAACUUUUGGGAAAACAUUGGAAUCAGAACUUUUACGAGCCAAAUGAAGUCAAAGUAAUUUAUCACUGCAUUAGUUUAUUUGAUGCAGUUUGGUCUUAAACACAAGCGGAAGGUGUGCUCAUUGUAACCUGACUGAUGAAGGCCACCAUUGAGCUCAGAAAUGUAAUGCAGGGAUCUUUUUAUAAAAUGGUGGACAUAUAUGAAGCUCGUUGUGAAAGGAUUAUAGCUUCUACUCCAGUGAAAGAAAAAAUAUGAUUACAUGCCGCCAAUUCAAGGUGGGAUAUUUAUGCUGUUAAGCCUCGCCUACAGUUUGUGACUAUUAAAGGUGUAAAAGAGGGGAUUGAUAUUAAGUAUCAGAGCUGGCAGGGCAGAACAGCAUGGUGAGUGUGUGUGGUUCCUGCUGUAGGACACUUUCAGGGUGCAGUGUGAGUGUUUUGGCAUAAUGAUGACUGAACUUGCUGUUUCAGCGCCGAUGCAGAGUUGCGCUGUAUUAUAAAAAGAGCUGUUAGUCCAGUUUGUUGGAAGCAGCUCUCUUUAAUGAUAAAAAAAACCUGUAGCUCACCUGUGAGGCAGCAGAGGAGGCGCCACAGUGGAGCAUCAGAUCUCCAGAUCAAGUACCCAUUAGACAAAUUAGCUGGACAAUUGGGAUCUCCACCAGAUCUCCGGUCAAAUGUGAAUAUUGUUGUAGGUGAAGUCAUGGUUUGCAAAAUUAUCACUUGUUGUCUAAUUUGACAUUUACAUUUAAAGUUGAGUUGUGCUGCUAUUCCCAUGAUCUUUUGCUGCCAUUAAUAAAACCAUAAAAUAAGGCGAUAAAAACAUGUAGUGUCUGUACAGGUGGUUGAACAUAUUCAGACAUCACUACAACAUCAACGAUACUCACUUGAACUUAAUCAUUGAAAAAAGUGGCAGACUUUCGUGACUGGUGAGUUGACAGGCAUGUGUGUUUGGUGUGUUGACAUCUUUGUUUUGAGCGUUGUUUGAAUAUUAGAACAUACUGGAUAUAACUGACAAUACAGCAGAGCUGCACAACUUAAAGGGAUAUUCCGGCAUUAAAUUAAGUUGGGUCAAACACACCGUAACACUUAGUUUGCUUCUCUAGUUAUACCAACUUCAGAAACGGCCGCACGACAGCAAUACAUAGCGGUCUACGUCAAAGGUCUACAUCACAAACCUCAACCAAAAAGCCACUCUAUAGCCACAAAUAAUGCUAAGAACAGCACCUAACUUCAUCAACAGUACAUAUAGGGUCCCAGCCAUAGUACUAGCCACUAAACAUCUUUUUAGCUUUGCCUGAUUUCAUUAGCAAAGAGACUAAACACAACUCGCCCACUUUCCUCCAGCAGCUGCUUGUUUGUGCAGUGGAGUUUCGCAGCUCAAGCAAGAACAUUUAUGAUCAUUACUUCAUGGAAACGCAAUCAGACCGAGAUGCUAAGGCAGGAGGACUACCGUAUCUGCUGUGCAAAGUGAUUAUUAUGAUGAUUAUUACUUCAGGGAAAUGAUCCGCUUUUUGGUUGAGGCGUGCACGUGGAGAUGUGGAGAUGUAGACCGUUUUGCUAUCGUGCAGUCGUUACUAAAGUUGGUAUAACUAGAGAAGCAAGCAGUCAACAACAUUCAUCUCUCGAGGGUGUGUCUAACACGGUGUUAUGGUGUGUUUGACCCUAACUUAUUUUUACGCCGGAAUAUCCCUUUGAAGGGGUGUAAAAAUAGUGUAACAUGGUGAACAUCAACAUGCAGAGCAGACUCAUAACAUAAUCUCUGCAGACAUAUAGAUAUACAAAGUUAGGUUUGAAGCUACUAAAUGUGGAAUUCCUGCAACAAGAGAACUGAACUGAAAAUAUUACUUAAGAGUGUCCAGUUUUCUGUAUGCUUGUUCUUAUUGUGAAAAAUACCUUAAGCAUGUCCACAUGGUCAAAGAGUAGAGUCAGGUCACAAUCACUCCAUCAACUGAAAAUGGUGCUGAUGUUGCUGGUCUUCAGACAUACUUAUGUGUCGCUUUGUCAGUCUGUAAAAUCUCUCUACUUGUCUAUAAAGGGUUCCUAUCCUUCAAGUCCCUGUCAUUAGUGCUGCUGUUCUGUAUCAUUCUCCAAAUAAAGAGCUCAGAGACCUGGUUCACGGCCACAGCUCCUCUCGAAGCUUUUCUGCUGGUUUUGAUAUUUCAAUUUAAAACAGGGUCAGGGUAAUGCAGUUGAAUGUAAUAUUAGACCACUCUUUGUUUAUCCCUACCUGAUAAAACAUCAAGCGAAAAUGUCUUGAGAACUAACCAACAAUCAUCCUCAGUUAUGCCAAAAACUCAAGACUUAAAAUUAGGAGAUGAAGUGAUGAAAACAUGCUCCACGAGUCUAAAAGGUUUUCAAAUGUUAAAAGGAUAGACCUCAUGUACAUGAAACAAUUUUUGAUUUAAAAAUCACUGACGACAAGUGAUUUUCAUUUACAAAUUGUUUGUCAUUCAGGUCCCUUAUUUUACUGUUCCUCUGUCUAUAAAGGUUUUCAAAUUGAAGGGUGUCAUUUACACACAAUCAUUCUUAAUUUUGAUUUGAAAACAGUGAAUUUAUUCAGAUCCCUGACUUGAUUCUGUUCAGAGAUUGAAAUCAGGGAGGAAAGAUGUCCAUGCACAGAUCUGUUUUAUUAUUAAUCACAGUUCUUUUUCUGCACUGAGCAGCUGUGAACCAGCAGCCAUGUUUGUUUAAUGACCUUCUUCAGGGAACGUGGUUUCACUCUCUGUGUCUUCACAGAUCACUGUGUUUGAGUGCCCCCUGGGGGCUGAAUCACUUCAACAUAUCCGUCUUUCUCUGAGUAAGCUGGUUAGAUAGAUCUCAAAGCCCCAGUAAGAGAUCUCAGGAAUGAUGAGGGGGCUAUCACCUAUACUGUUAGCCCAGACUGUCUGUUUAACAGAGUGUGCUUACAGAAAAGGGGGUCUUAAUCACAUCAGGGGUGUAUUUAUCAGAAAAAAAGGAAGAUCACCAUUGGUCAGACUGUAAAAAUGGAAAAAAAAGUACUAGAGUCUAAGGACUGAAAAUGACACACCUACUGUAAAGGAAGAAUGAGCAGGUCAGAUACACUUACCUCAUAAAAAAGCCACAGUCGUAGCUCUGAGGCUGCUUGUUCACCCUCAGGCUACAGGGUUUCCUCCAGGAUUUUUUGAAACUGCGGGGGAAAGCUUUGCCCCCACCCACCCACCACCACUACCACCACCAAACCCUGAACUCCAAAUAAACGUCUAUACAUAAAUUACUUAUUUAACACUAACAAAAUUUAGCCUGUCUAAUGGCACAAUUUGCAGCCAGGCUGAGAGCACUUCAUUUAAAACAUGUUAAUAUUACACUUGCCAGGGUACUCAUCAAUAUCUCUGAACAUGAGGACAUAAAGUCAUAAUAAAGUCAUGAAUAUUAAACCUCUCUGUUAUCUUCUGUCUCCCCACUCUCCCCCUCAGGUUCCCUCCUCUUCCUCUAAAAAUAUUUUAAUAUUGGCUUACUCAUGUGAAAAUGCAACCGAGAAUGAGUCAUCAUAGAAAACCUCACGUCGUUCUGUUUUUCCAAACGUAACUGUAACAUAAUCUGAGGAAGACACAUGAAGGCGAAACUUGGUAUCAUUAACGUUAAACAUUGCAUUAUUACCAUUAAGGGAGUGCAGCCGGUCAUUUCCAUGAAGUAAUAAUCAUCAUAAUAAUCAUUUUGUACUGCAGACGCGGUAGUUCUCCUGCCUUAGCGUCUUGGUCUAAUUGCAUUUCCAUUAAGUAAUAAUCAUAAAUGUUUUUCCUUAAGCUGCGAAACUGCACUCGGUGUUUGACUCAGGGCUUCCCCACAACAAGCGGCUGCUGGAAGAGAGUGUGAAAGUUGUGUUUGGUCUCCUUUCUGCCAGGCAAAGCUAAAAAGAUUUUUGAUGGUUAGUACUACAUGCCGGGACCAUACAUGCGCUGACGAUGAAAUUAGGGAUGUGUGGGGUUGUAGUGUGUAUUGCUAUCAUGUGGCCGUUGUUGAAGUUGGUAUAACUAGAGAAGUAAGCAGUUGGCAACAUUCAUCUCUCGAGGGGUUGUCUAACUCAGUGUUAUGGCGUGUUUGACCAUAAUUUAAAUUUACGCCGGAAUAUCCCUCUCGGAGGCCAGCCGCACAGCAUUUAAGCAUCCAGGGCAGAUGCCGCUUCCUCGUUCCUGUAACGCUUGAGCUCUUUCUGAGUGACAAGAGAUAAGCAGGGCUUUUGUCUACCUGAGAAGGGCUUUAUCUGCCUAAGCAGGUCUUUGUUUACAUUAAUAGGUAUGUUUCUAUCUCAGCAGGUCUUUGUCCAUCUAAGUUGGUCUCUGUAUUUCUGAGCAGUUGUUUUUUUACACAAGAAGGUCUGAUUUCUACCUAAGCAUGUCACUAUCUAUGUAAGCAGGUCUGUUUACAUGAGAAGAUCUCUCUCUGCCUCAGUGGGUCUUUGUCCACAUGAGCAGGUCUUUAUCUACCUGAGAAGGCCCUCUUCUGCCUGAGCAGGUCUCUGUCUACAGAACUAGGUCUCUACCCUAGCAAAACUUUUUUUUCUUCACCUGAGCAGGUUAUUGUUGACAUGAGUUGUUUUUUUUAUAACCUGAAAACCUGCUUUCUACACAAGCAGGUCUUAAUCUACCUGAGCUGGUCUCUAUCUACCUGAGAACGUUUCUAUAAACGCUAUAAAAAGAUAAAGUUUAUCUUUACCUACCUAAGCAAGUUUCUUCCUUCCUAAGUGGCUCUAUAAGCACCAAAGCAGGUCAUUGUCUACCUGCGCAGGUCUUCUUUUACCUCACUGAUCUCUUUCUACACAAGCAGGUCUUUACCUGCUUUAGCAGUUCUUUUCUACAGGAGCAGGUCUCUGUCUACUUUAGCAAGGUUUUUAUUCACCUUGGAUUGUCUCUUUUUACCCGAAAAGGUCUCUAUUUACAUAAGCUGGACUAUAAUCUUCUUGAGUUGGUCUCUAUCUACCAAAGCUGGUCUUGACCUGCCUGAAAACGCCUCCUUCCAUCUAAGGAAGAUGCUAUCUACCAGAGUAGUUCUCAAUCUACCCUGAGAGAUGUCCAUCUACAUAAGAUGGUCUAUUUUCUAGUUGAGUAGGUCUCUACACAAGCAGGUCUAUAUUCACCUGAACAGAUCUACAUCUAUCUGAGCAGGUCUCUAUCGACAUUAGCAGUUCACUCAACACCCAGUUAGGUCUCUAUCUACCUGAGCAGGUCUUGGUCUAUCUGAGCAGGUCUGUAUCUACAUGAGCAGGUCUCUUUCCACAACUGCAGGUCUUUGUCUGCCUUAGCAGUUCUCUUUCUACCUGAGCAGAUUAUUAUCUACUUGAACAGGCCCUGGCCUAUCUGAGCAGGUCUGUAUCUCCCUGCAGGUUCAAGCCAAACUAAGUUGAGUUCAGGAAGUGAAGCUCUUUGGUCAGUCAGCGUGUAGCUCUGUCUGUCUCCACUGUGAGGCAUCAGAGCAGGAAAAUGACUGAGUGUUGUUGUCAGUCAGAAAUCUGUCUGUUCAGUGGUGUCCAGCAGGAUAAACAAAGUCACCUGACACUGUGCUCAAACACCAGCAUUUGGUAAGUAGCAGGUGGUUAAUUUCCAUUCCUGGCUCACCGUGAUAGGUGAACUUUGACCCUCAGUGAGCAUGUGCAGCAGUCUGUCCUGGUUCUAUCAUACUCACAGCAAGUUUUCAGUGGUUUUUAUUUAAUGAGUAACUCACUCAAUACCAUCAUCUCUCACAGCGUUAGCACAACAAUAAAGAAAUAAUCAUUCCAUCAGGCACCCCUCAUUAGGUUGUGAAAAUUCUACUUCCCAUCCUUGGUUAACUAUAACUCCUCUUGUUGCCUCUGAUUAGGGAUGUCCCGAUCCAAUAUUGAUAUAGGAUAUCAGUCUGCUAAAAAACGAAUAUAGGAUUAUAUCGGCCUGCAUCUAAAAUCUCUGAUAUCAGCACUCUGAUACAAGCAGUCCAUUCCAGACUCCGCUCUGGCACCUUUAUCUAGCAGAGCCAUAAUCCAGCAAGCAGACCUCAUGUGAUCACAACAACGGCGUGUACUGAGGUACUAACAAAGUAGCAAGGAGUAGGAGUGAUGUCGGCUGUAUGGCAGAGUUUUUGGUCUAACUCCGAGAAAGAUGUUGCAGCUGAGUGCAAAACUUGUCAUGCACAAGUUUGUGUCAAUAUCAGAUCAAUGUCGUUAUCGAUAACUACUGAAGGCUACAAUACCGCUAUUGUAUCAGAAGUAAAAAAGUUGUACUGGGACACCCCCUACCUCUGAUUUCCUGUUUUUAAAGUUUGACUGGUUUGUGUUCAUCAGGUGAUCACUAAAUACACUGUGUGUGUGUGUGUGUGUGUGUGUGUGUGUGUGUGUGUGUGUGGUCUCUGAUUAUUGGACAUAUGGUUUAACUGGCUAAAUGUUGAUAGUUGAGACAGUGAUGUGAGCUUUCUUUAUUACCGCCGUGUCUAUUUAAGUAUUUGAAGGGUGUGAUUGGUUGAUACAGCCCUGACCUCCACCCACACCUCCGCCUCAGGAUAAACACAAGCUGUGAUGCUGCAGACGAGUCAGACUCUGCGGUAAACCUAAAGACCGAGAAGCAUCUGCUGUUUUAUUCACACAAGCAUUCACCACAUGGACAUGUGUUCAGGUGCCGAUUUACUUUUGGCCACUUUAAAAGUUAGCCGUCCUAAAAGAGCAAAACACCGGUCUGAAAGUAGAGCUUGGUGGAUGUCGAAGUCAAACAGUUUUGUCAACUUGUGCUACUCUUAAUAUUAAUAGUUUUUAAGUUUUAAAGAGGUUUCUGUGGGCGGCGUCAAAUCAUGAUAAAAUAUUUUUAAAGAGGGGGUAAUAUUUUUCAGAAUCUAUACUUCCUUUCUGAUACCUCUUUAAUAGAUUUACAUGACUUUCAGGUCAAAAAAGCCUUGUGUUUCCCAAAAAACCUUUUUGAGCAGUUUAUAUCUAUUUUCUAGGAUUAUUACGAUGUUCUGAUACCUUGAGAUUUGAAAACUUGUGUGGACACCAUCUAGUAUGGACACAAUACAUUACAACUUUGCAUUUUGCGUUGUAAAUGUGGAAAAGCAUAAUACUCCUUCUGAUCUCCAUACCAAUGCAAUUAAUGAGCAGCCUUACCUGACGAUGAGUUUGGUGUGGAAGGAUGAGGAAAGGAUGGAAAUGUAAAACCAAAUGAUGUUUCACAUUUAUAAAAAAGACAAACUGUGCAGCAGAGAUCAGGGAAGCUGCAGUGUAACCUGAAGUGGAUUAAAAACUGUGUGGGAGCGCUGAGUGUUUAAACAGCUUCACAUGGUUUUAGUGGAGCAUGUGGGUGUGUGUAUGUGUAUGUUUGAGUGUUUAUGUGUGUGUUCUGCAUCUUUAUUGCCUCAUUUCUCCAUCUCACGAGUCAGGACAAACCAAAAGGAGACUGAAUCAUGUGCAGAGCUGAAUUCCUGAACGCCAACAUGUGCAGGGCUAAAAGCGGAGCUGCCACUGCCUCUGUCUACACGGAGCUACAGUACGUUAAUAGCAAAGGGCUCAUGGCCCAGAUCAAGAGGAAGAAGAUGAUCGAAAUGUUGUUCUGGACGCCUUUAUACAAGAAGUUUGGUCUUACUUAUAACAAAAAAAAAGGCCGAUCCUCCAUCAGCCCUUAUCAACAAUGACAAAACUCUGCAACCUCAUCCUCAUCUAUCACCGCUGGAAAAUCAGGAGCAGCAGCCUACACUUACUACAAUACCAGAAGUUUUCCAUAAAAAAUAAAGGUUUUCCCAAAUGCUCAAGGUUAGGGAUGUAAACUUAGGCUACUCAACAAAAGUUAAGGUUAUCAAACUGCAAGAACCAGAAAUCUGGUCUGGAAAGACCAAACGCCGAUGGAUAGAGAAAAUAACAAUAGGGGAAAGGCAUAGAAGAAUCUAAAAAUACGCUUGGCUUAACAUCCAACAGCAGCUUUUGUUUAUGUAACAUUUAAUAAAGCCCUGCAGCCUUCACUGUCAAACACACUACUGCCAACAUGGGCACAGUAAAUGCAACUAGAAAAUUCCCUCUGGGGAAUUUCGAAAGGGCCACGGGGGGCUACUGCUGGGGUGUGUACAUGAUGAUGAGAUUCUUCAGAGAUUUCACAUAAUUUAUACUGGUAAUAUUGUGGUAUUACAUACACUCACAACAAAAUUACCUUUUUAAGUAUUUAUUUAUACAACAAAAAACAGAGCUGGAGCAGUCGACGUUUGGAAAAAUGUAAUAAUUGCCAUUUUUUUAUUUUGGCUUGUCCCACUGAUUUCAAUGCAAACAGCGUGAAAAAUUCAUACACAAUAGAGAAAAGUAAUAGCACACAAAUCCCGAUCAAACUGCACGUUUUGAUAAAUUAUUUGUGCUACAACUCUCAAAGCUAUAGGACUAGUAGUAAAUUGAAAUUUGUCCAGGAAUAAAAAAAACAAACCCAGAAUAUAACAAUAGUGCAGCGGGGCAAAGCGCUAAGUGACCAUUGCUAACACAUCACUGUGGCCAUCAUUGCUACUAUCACUACAAAUACCAACGCAACCAUACCUGCAACAGCACUGCAUUACUGGGACCAUCACUGACAUUAUUACGGUUUCAGUUAGUGUCACUGUGAACUUAACAAAGACCAUCACUACAACCAUAAGCCUUUUGUCACACCUUAAAAAGUGAAAGCGACUGAUGAUUGACCAAAAACCAAAUACAGUUAUUCUGACAGAGCCUCCGGAUAGACACAGUGAAAAUGACAGCAGUUGGCUGUAGCUGUAACAGCUGUAAUGAUGUUAGGUAUCAGUUUUUAGUGUUGAAGGUAUCAAUGGAAGGAGCGGGUUGGUUUAGGGUUCCACAGAGACCUGUCAGUGAGGGACUAUUUUCUGAAUGAAUUCCUAAGACUGACGGCAGUAGCCAUGAGAGGAUCCGCUGUGACUUCUUGGACGGGUUAACAGCUGAUUAAUAAAAGUGUUACUGAUGGCUGAAGUGAGCAUCAACUCAUCAACUCACCCUCCCUCCCCCCAGAGCCUCAGCCGCUCUGCUCAGGGCUGAAGAUCCAGAGUGUGGAAAUAUGACCUCAUUCUGCCAAAUCCACCGCAGGAGCUCAGCUGACGAACAACUUUUAAAAUUGAUAUUGAUUCUCUCUUCACUGGCGAUCCCUGUUUGAUGGUUUGAUCCUGACUGUGAAAUAAAACAAGAGAAUAAACUAUCAGUGAACAAUACAAUACAACACUAGAACUUUAUUGACCCCCAAAGGGAAAUUUGUUUGUCUGGUAUCUCAUGUCAUCUACUAUAAAAAGAAGAAUUAAGAAAUCUGAUGGCUGGGGUACAAAAGAUCUUCUGAAUCUCUCCAUCCUGCGGUGAAGAGAGAGGAACCAUCUACAACAGUUGUCUUUUGGUCCAUCGAGGUGUUAUAAAGAGGAUGAUCCAUGUUCUUUAGAGUAACCUUCACUCUCCUCAGUGUGCAUCUCUCCAUCACAUCCUCCACUGAGUCCAGCUUGAUUCCAACAACAGAACUAGCUUCUUUCGCCAUUUUUUUUUUUUUAAUCAUGGAGAACAUCCCACGGAACUUCAGUCGUUGCCUUAGGUGGGAUGUAUACAAGUAUUGUGUACGACCAUAUGACUGAAGUCUCUUGGAAUAUAAUAUGGCCAAAGAGCAACUGCCCACAGUUCAGUAUCUGGACACCACAACUUCUUCUAGGCAGUUAUGUGUGAAGGAUUACUCCUUCUCUGAUUUAAAAAUAAAGCCAGACCUCCUCCUUUCUUCUUGCCACUAGCUUUAGCAUCUCUGUCUGACCUUUUGAGAGUGAAGCCAGGUAGAUCCACACUGGAGCCCGAGUUGUUUUGAUUCAACCAGGUUUUAGAAGAACACAGGAGAGCGCACUCACAGUACACUUUCUCAGUCUUCACCAAUAUCUCCAACUAAUCGCUUUCAUAGGGCAGAGAGUUGACGUUUCCCUUGAUGACUGUUGGAAGAAAGGGUUUGUAUAUCCAUUUCAAAGCCUUCAACUUUGCCUUCAACUUUGCACCAGCCCAGCAACCAUGAAAACACCUCCGGAUGUCUGGUGGAUUAAAUGUUGUCCAGAUUUGCUAUGUGUCAGAAAAAUAAGCUCCUCUCUUGAAUAAACUCUUCACCCAGCAGAAGUAUCCAUCAGUAGAAAAGAAAAUAGAGUAAAAAUUGCAGAAAAUUCAGAGAGACCAGACUUCGCUGCUACUUGGUUGACCACAGGUUCCAGAAAAAAAAGGUGUCCUCAAUAACAGAUCACACCACAACUCUCGCAUUGAUUAGAAUGUAAUUAUCAUGACAGCGCGGGUUAGUACUUCAAAAAAGAAAAGAAUAAAUUAAUGGAAAUACAGAUAUAAACACCUCAGCAAAGAUGAUAAAUGACUACAAAUCCUAUAACAUAAAAAAUAAAUGUAAGUAUAAAAUUGCUCCUCCAUCUAUUGUCUCUCAUUUUUACAUCUUUGUAUCAUUUGUCAUCCUCUCCCCACCAGGUGGGCUGUUUCCUCGGGGGGCUGAUCAGGAGUACAGUGCGUUCCGGGUGGGGAUGGUUCAGUUCGGGAUGACAGAUUUCAGACUGACUCCUCACAUCGAUAACCUGGAAGUGGCGAACAGCUUUGCCGUCACAAACUGCUGUAAGUAAAACUCUGAGAUGUUCUCAUUGAUCUAAAUUCAAGCUCUCAGUUACAGGUGAGGAUGUUAUUGUUAUUGUACCUGUUGUUGCAGAGAUGGUUUUACGAUUCAUUUGUAUAAUAUAGUAAAAUAAAUCCUGAGGAGGUGUAUCCAUGUACAGACCCUUUACUGCAUGCUGUCCAUCCUAAUCACUUCUUUAAUAAUAAAGAAAUAAAUUAAUAUAUUUAUCAAUGAACAGUGUUUGGUUUGAGUCUGUCACAGAUCAGACUUCAAAUCUAAAUACUUAAUUUAUUUAGAGGGUGACUGUGUUUUCUAAAGUCUGUCUGAAAUUAGACUUUAAAUGAUUCGAUGUUCGUAUGGUAGUGGAAGUGGGUCAGAGAUACGUGCUGAACCUGAUUCUAUGCAUGCAGCCUCUUCCUCCUCCCCCUCCUUCCUCCCCCUCCUCCUCCUCUUCAUCAGAGCAUGAUGUAAUGAAGGCUUCAGGCUCAGCGUUUCGCUAUUUAAGUUCACUGUACCGCCAUGAUGCAUGCAGACCUCUGCUGUUUACACUGUUGUUCUGCACCUGAUACACACACACACGGACACACACAAACACACUCACACACUGUGCUCUGCAAACCACAUGUGGCCUCAGAAAAGAUCAAAGUAAAAAUGUAAAAUCAGAAUCUGGAGGUUUAAACUGUUAAGAUAUUUUCUAAAUCGUCUGAAUGAAAAAAUAUUUCCGCUCUGAGUCCAGACAUCUUAAUUCAACACCAGACCACAUCCGGAGUUUAUUAUCCCCUUUCAAGAUAUCAGAAUGAGUCUGCAGACAAGAGAGAGGGCACAGACAAAAUGAAGAAGGUUUCAGACAACAGAGAGGGCAGAAAGUCUCCUGAGAGCAGUUUACAUUUAAAAUCUGGAAAUAUUUCUCUCUGUGUGAUUGUAGCUUGUGCCAUAUUUUACACAGAAAGAUAAAAAGGGAGCUUUUGUCUCAGAGUGAAGAUCAGGGUCAUUAAAGUAGGACGACUAAAAAAAGCAGCAGACUCAGAGACUUCUGUCUGUCCACUGGAAUAAAAACAGAUCCAGUGUUACAGCAAACAGUUUCCCUUUUUUUAAUCAAACACUAAAAAACAAGAUUUUAUUUUUUGUCAAACUUUUCUGUUUGAAAUACUUUCAUUUUUUUUCUAUAUGCGACUUUACUAUUAAAACAUCAGAAAAACAGUCUCACCUUUAAAAUGUCCAGGACAAGGAUCAAUGAUAGGCCAAUGCCUACAUUACCCUCAACCCUCCACUGUCAGAAAAAAACAACUCUCAGCAGUCUAUACUCUCUCACCAGUGAAUAAAGUAAAGCUGAUUAGUUGUUAGGCAGAUGCUACUCCCUCGUGUUGUGAGGCACGCUCCACGUCUUCCAAUACGAAAGAGCCCAAACAAAGUUAGCGUGUUAUAAUAUCAGACAGUAGAAAGCAACCAGAAAGUACGGAAAACACAAGCAAGAAAACAAAGGAUGGCUCAUUGAUUGAUUGAUUGAUUCAAUGAUUCUCUGCUCUCCUGUGCCCCCAAAGCUCUUGUUGUUUUGUAAAAUUUGUGAAAUUUGCUGUUCUCUCAGUUUGUUCGCAGUUCUCUCGUGGCGUCUAUGCCAUCUUUGGCUUCUAUGAUAAGAAGUCCGUGAACACAAUCACGUCUUUCUGUGAGACGCUGCACGUGUCCUUCAUCACGCCGUCUUUCCCCGCUGAAGGAAUGAAUCAGUUCGUCCUGCAGAUGAGACCAGACAUUAAAGGCCCGCUGGUUUCUCUGGUGGAGUACUACAAGUGGGAAAAGUUUGCUUACCUGUAUGACAGCGACAGAGGUGAGGAGAGUCCAGCUGUGAGAAUCAGGAAGGCCAAAGGCCGGAUGGUUCAGUGGUAUUUUUGUUUUGAAGAACCAAGUUACCUGCAAACAGUUCUGAUUUUAUGCUACGGUGAAUUUAGAAAGAUGCUCAUGAAGUUUUGUUCUGGGUUUCAGGUCUAUCGACUCUUCAGGUCAUCCUGGACACUGCAGCAGAGAAGAAGUGGGUUGUCACCGCCAUCAACGUGGGAAACCUGAAAGACGAGCGAAAAGACGAGGCGUACCGCUCCUUGUUCCAGGUACUAAUGUUCUGCUUCUACUACAUGCUGCAGCUUUAAAUCAUCUGCUUAUAUCCCAACAUGCUCUUGUUUUUAGUAACGAAACACUGAAUAAAGAAAUAACCCUAAAAAAUGUCUUUGAUAUUUGAUCCUUAUUUUUCAUUACUGUCCUCUGAUCAUGUUACAUUUUCACCAAGUGAUAACCCCAACCUCUAUAGACUAGUUCAUGGUUUUUACUCUGGUUUCUUACAUUUGUGGCUGAUAUUUCAGGGUCUUGCGAUGUUUUUACAGAUCUCUCUCCAUGUCAAACUGGCUUCUUAAACACUGGCAGCCUGGACAUUGUUACAGUUUCUGUAUUUUUUUUUUUAAUUUUUUUUUUUUUGUUGCAUUUUUAGGAUUUGGAGAUCCGUAAGGAGCGACGCAUCAUCCUGGACUGUGAACAGGACAAAGUCAGAGACAUCAUGGAGCAGGUUCCUCAGACUUUUCUUUGAAUCUUAGCGUGAAGAAUUUAACCGUUUAGGACCAGAAAUAACUGCAUUUCAGGAGAGUUUCUGUAUUCAAUGGGAAUCACCAGAAAGUAAGAUAUGUAGUAAAAAUGUUUCUCGGGAAUAAAUCUUUUCUCUGUUACUGACUCAUUUUGUUCUUUGUUCUCUGCAGGUGAUCACCAUUGGUCGUCAUGUAAAAGGAUACCACUAUAUCAUCGCUAACCUGGUGAGUCCCUCUCACAGUUUCUACCCCUAUUAUUAGAGCAUUAUCAAAACUUGUUUCCUGUUUCAAACCUGUUUCUAGGUCAGGACAGUUAGCUCAGAUUAGAGAGGUAUAAUUUGGAUAUGACAGGAAGUUCUAAAUAGAAACUUUCACAUGGACAAGAAUACAUACAUACAAACAUAAGAUCAUACAUACAAAAAUGAACACAAACUUACAUACACUUACACUGGCUCCCUGUACAGCACAGAAUUAAUUUUAAGCUUUUAUUAUAUUUUUUAAAAGCCUGAACAAUCUUUCUCCACCUUACAUUUCUGAGAUGCUCCAGCCUUAUUGCCCACCCCGACCCCUGAGAUCAGCCGAUCAGCUGCUACUGGCGGUCCCAAAUACAAGGCUGAAGCUCAGAGGGGACAGUGUGUUUGCUGCUGCUGCCCCGAAGCUCUGGAAUGAGUUGCCCUUGAAAAUCAGACAGGCCUCCUCCUUUCCUGUUUUUAAAUCCCUUUUAAAAACACACUUUUACUCCUUGGCUUUUGAAACUUUUAGUGUUAUUUUGUUUUUUAUCAUUUUAGCACCUGCCGUGAGUCUGCUUAUUUAUUUACUUAUUUAUUCCCUUGCAUUAAUGUAUUUCUGCUUGCUUUAUCUUGUUCUUUGACUGUGUUAUUUGUUUUUAAUGUGUCAUUGUACAGCACUUUGGCUACCCUUGUGGUUAUUUUAAAUGUGCUAUAGAAAUAAAGUUGAUUGAUUGAUUGAUUGAUUGAUACAGACUAUCAAACUGACAUACAUACAGCAUACAGAUAGAUGGGAACACACAUGCAUGAACAUACCAACCGACAGAUGCAUACAAACAUAUUAAGCACAUUAUUAUUUUGAUCUUAUUCUGUAUGUAGGUGAUGUUGUUGAUCUGGAAAAUUGUGUUUUUAGUUUUAACUAUUCUUUUGUUGAUCUGGAUAAUCCUGUAAUUGUCCUUAAUUAUAUGGACCUGACUUGUUUUUUUACUCUGUUUCUGAUCUCGAUGCUCUUGUCGCUGAUUUUUAGGAUCUUGUUUUAAUCUUGUUUCAGGGGUUUUUAGAUGGUGACCUCUCUAAAAUCCAGUACGGAGGAGCAAAUGUUUCCGGCUUUCAGAUCGUAGAUUUUGAUGAUCCCGUGGUGGCGAAGUUUGACCAGCGAUGGGAGGCUCUGGAGGAGAAAGAAUAUCCUGGAGCGGAUUCUCGGAUCAGAGUAAGGUUUUAGGACACUGCUGUGAAUGGUGGUGCUCCACUAUCCUCAUUUAACAUGUAUUCUUGCAAGACGUACAGAUUUUUCUGAAUGUUUUUCCGGUCCUUUCUUGAUGAUCAUUCAUUUCACUCGUUCUCGUGCCCCCCCCCCCCCCCCACUUUUGAAAUCAAAAUUUCGUCCAUGCCCUCAUCAAAACCCACAUGUUCAAAUCUGUUUUUAAUUGUUGAUUAAAUUUUUUCAUCUGUAUUUACUGUCUUUGUAAUGUGUUGUUAUUCCAUUCACUACUGUGUUUUCUUCAUCUUAAAGUGUCUUUGAGUUCCAUGAAGUUCAUGUUAUAAAUAAAAUAAUAAUUAUUAUUAUUGUUAUUACAACUAUUGUCUCACUAAGUAAAAAAAGACUGGAUCCAUACGUUCAUUUAAGAGGAUCAGAGUCAGAGAUACUGAGUUUCUCGCACACAGCUCUAAAAGAGUUCUGUCCUUGUCCUCAGUACACCUCUGCCCUCACCUACGACGCCGUCAAUGUGAUGACCGAGGCCUUUCGCUUUCUUCACAAGCAGAGGAUAGACAUGAGUCGCCGUGGCAACAGUGGGGACUGUCUGGCCAAUCCCGCGGUGCCAUGGGCUCAGGGGGUGGAGAUUGAACGAGCCCUCAAACAGGUAAACACGAAAUCACACUCAUGGACAGUUAAAAACCAGAUCAGACCCAUGGUCAGGUAAAAACCAGAUCAGACCCAUGGUCAGGUAAAACCUAAUCAAAUCCUCAUUCAGGUAAAUGAAAGCUGAAACCUAUGUAUGUUGGGUUUUUCGUUUGUGGGUUCUGGUUCAGCUGUGUGUCCUAUUGUCUCUGGUGAUAAGCUGACCCUUUCAGGUUGAACUAUUACUCAUUUAUACGUGUGUGUGUGUGUGUGUAUGUGUGUGUGUACGUGUGUGUAUGAAGGUGCGUGUUGAUGGUCUCACAGGUAAUAUCCAGUUUGACCAGUAUGGGAAGAGGAUAAACUACUCAGUGACAGUUAUGGAGCUGAAGAACAAUGGACCAGUGAAGGUAACAACUUACCAGCAGGUCAUGCAUGGUUAGCAUGUUAGCUCAGUGCUCAGUUAGGUAUACAUAACAUUUGUGUGUGUGUGUGUUAGAUUGGAUACUGGAAUGAGGUGGACAAGAUGGUGGUGACGAAGUCAGAUCUUUACCCAAAUGACACCAUGGGGAUGGAAAACAAGACAGUCAUCGUUACAACAAUCCUGGUAAAUAUAAACAGAGCAUGUGAUCACUGUCUCCAUGACGUCUAGUGGGGGGAGUUUCCAUGCCAUCCAGUAAGUGACCAAGGCUCUAUAGCUGUGUCUCAAUCCUGGGGGGGGGGCAGCAUUUAGAAGACCCAGGUCAAGGCCCUGGUUUUGAAAGACCAGGUAUUUUAAGGGCAGAGUUAUUAGAGAACCUGGCUUUCAAAGGACCAUGCAUUUAAUGGCCAAAUUAUUAGAGGACCCGGCUUUUGAAGGGCCAGGAUUUCAGAGGCCCUAUUCUUACAGGAUUUAGCUUUUGAAGGUCCAGAUUCCCAAAGAGCCCUUGUUUUUUUUAUAUGGACCAGGGUUUUUAGGACCAUAUUUUAAAAAAAACAGGCUUUUGAAAGAUCAGGUUUUUAAGGACCCUGUUCUUUCAGGACCUUGUCUUUGAAGGACCAGAAUGUCAAGAGCUUUUGAAAGAAACAGCUUUUGAAGGAUCAGGUUUUCAAGGAUUCCCAUCUUAAAGGACCUUUGAAGGAUCAGGCCUUUGUGGCCUCUGCAGACCAGUUGAUUAAAGACAUUCCUGUCUCUCGUCAGUCCUGACAAGGGCAACAGGAAGCGCAGCCCUUGUCAUCUAGCAACAGAUGUCUACAGAGUAAAUUAGUUUGCGUAGUUAUGCUGUGUUCCAGUUGUACUUAAAAGUUAGGAUUUCCAAGCUCCAAGUCGGAAAUUCAUCUGGAACGCCCCCCUGAAGUCGUAUUUCCAACUCGGAAAGUCGGACGAUCCUCACCAACCCCAACUUGACGACAACGCCAUAAUCCAAGAUGCAUCAAGUAAAGACAGUAAAGAGUAACAGUGGAAGCUCUCGUAAUGUGUUUUUUAUUAGCACUUCCGUUUGUUUUUGUAAAAUUAAAUAAGUGGUAUAUGUUGUACUGCCCAACAUCUAACUGUGAACACGGUGCUAUGGCGUUUGUAAGAGUGAAAUACUGUGUUAUGCGUUUCUUACAACUGGUAUAGCUAACAACAGCUAACAACAGCUGACAACAGCCAACAACAGCUGACAACCACUAACACAACGGGCUAACGACAGUUGACAGUUGUAAACAACAGCUCACAACGGCUAACUGUACGCGUUCAUCUUGGUUCUCCGACUUGUUUACUGGAACGCCGUCAACUCGGGUGUAACAUCAUUCCCAGCUCCAACAUCCGACUUCUGAGAUAACUGGAACGCAGCAUUUGCAUCAUGUCCUUAAACAUCGUCCUCAGCCUUUCAAAGAUAACAUCAAAGUCUUCAUCUGCUUCAACAUUUGAACAGCUCGUCAAAGAGUUAAAACAAGCACUUAUACUUAUCUGCUGUCUCGUUUGAAUCGGCAUGUAAAGCAUCAUGGGAUGGAUGUACCUAAUGGAGCUUUCAUGGCCUGAGAAAAGUAGGACACAUUUGUAGAGCACACUAAAAGGAGCCUUUAAAGCCUGGAACAAGGCGCUGUGAAGCUUUUGGCCUCUGGAUCUAAACGCAGCUCUGAUAACAAUCACACUUUUCCAUAAUUUUUCUGUUUUGUCCUGACUUCUUAAUCAGUUUUAACGGGUUUGAAUAAGUGACUGUAAAAUCAGAACAGUAAAUGAAUAAAAACACUGAGGGUUUCUGUAGCUUCUGUUCAGGAAAAAAUCUCUAAAAUAUGAGACGGGUGAGAGCGUACCAUCAGACACCUGCAGGGGAGGGGCGAAGGAACAGGUGUAUGUGGUAACACAGCCAGGUAAACUUCAAAUGACAGCAACAAGCACUUUAUUACUGUGUGUAUGUGUGUUUGUGUGUGUAGGAAGCCCCCUAUGUGAUGCUGAAGAAGAAUGCUGAGCUGUUUCAAGACAACGAUCGUUAUGAAGGUGAGUUCACUCUACAGGUGUGUUCCUAGUUGUUUCUCUCAUUAAAUAAAAAGAUAAUCAUUAUAUUUAUCACUCUAACCCAUCCCUAUAUGAUGUAUGCCUGUUUUUAUGUGUGUUGCAACAGGUUAUUGUGUUGACCUGGCUGCUGAGAUUGCAAAGCACUGUGGGAUACGCUACCAGCUAAGAAUUGUUGGAGAUGGCAAAUACGGAGCCAGAGAUGCAGAGACCAAAAUCUGGAAUGGCAUGGUUGGAGAGCUGGUUUAUGGGGUAAAACCUAACACACACACACACGUAGUGUACUGUAGGUGAUGUAGGCUACUGGUGUCAGUUAUGAAUAUGUAGGUGUGAUUUAAGGAGUACAGAGAGGAAAGAAACACCAAGACCUCAUCAGGUGGGUUGGGUUGAGUCACAUGACCCCAUCAGCCAGUAUUGGCAUUAAUAUGACACUUUCAUCCCGAGAGCUCAGACCAGCAUUAAGCCAGGCUGCAGUAGUACGCUAGACUUUCUACUGCUGCAGAGGAUGUAAUAGUGGAGGAUUUCUAUGUUGGAUGUAGGGGUGGUUUUGCUGUCGUUAGGAGGCCUGCUCUGUUUCUGAACCUGUAGUAAAACAGCCUUUGUCUGCUGAAAAUCUCCAGAGAGGAAGUGAUGAUUUCCAUCUUUAGAACACCUUGUUACCUUGCUUCCUCAAAAGUGGCACAGCAGAUUUGGUAAAUGAUUGUCUUAUUUCUCCCUCAUUCUGUCCUUUUGUCCAUCAGAAAGCAGAUAUUGCUGUUGCUCCACUGACCAUCACUCUGGUUCGAGAAGAAGUGAUAGAUUUUUCCAAACCCUUCAUGUCUCUGGGAAUCUCCAUUAUGAUCAAGAAACCUCAGAAAUCCAAACCUGGAGUCUUCUCCUUCCUGGACCCGCUAGCCUAUGAGAUCUGGAUGUGCAUCGUCUUUGCGUAUAUAGGCGUCAGUGUGGUUCUCUUUCUUGUGAGUAUGGCUCUCUGUAGACUUAUAUGUUCAAAUGUACCAUGUACACAGAAUGGUUUUAAAGUGGAGUUUUCUUUAAUUAACUAAGAAUUUCAGGGUGAAAGGUGGAGUUAAAGGUGAGGUUAGGUUAGUUAAAAGUUUAAUGGUUCACUAUGUCCUAAAAUAUGAAACUUCUAAUCUAUUUUUGCUGUAGGCGUUGUUCCUCAUGUAAAAUCCGAACUGUCCCUCUGGGGUUGGGGAUUGUACGUCAUAUACAUGCUUUAACUGAUAUGAGUGUUUUAAUAGGUUUCAAGAUUCAGCCCUUAUGAGUGGACGUUGGAGGAGCCAGAGGACGGAGCAUUGCCCCUAACGACAGAAUCUACCAAUGAGUUCGGGAUCUUUAACUCGCUCUGGUUCUCACUGGGUGCGUUCAUGAGGCAGGGCUGUGACAUCUCCCCCAGGUCAGUAUGAUGCUAAACAACAACUGUACACCAGAUCAUCUAUAUUUGAUUUCCAGUUUUGUCUGCAGUAUGAGAAGCUGUCGCUGAUGAACAUUUGCACGUCUUGUUUGAUAUGUGUUCAAAGUUUAUUUUUGGACAAACUGACGGCCUGAGUGUAUAUCUUUGCAUAUAUCUGUUUCUGUAUGUGAAUCCAUGUGUGCAUGCAGGUCUCUGUCAGGUCGGAUCGUUGGCGGCGUUUGGUGGUUCUUCACGCUGAUCAUCAUCUCUUCAUACACGGCCAACCUUGCUGCCUUCCUGACAGUGGAGAGGAUGGUGUCUCCCAUCGAGAGCGCUGAAGAUUUAGCCAAACAGACAGAGAUUGCAUACGGGACUCUGGACUCUGGAUCCACCAAAGAAUUUUUUAGGGUGAGGAGGCAUCAGCUUACACAGAGACGUGGUUUCAAGUGUCUUUUUGUCCCGCAGCUCUGUUUAGUGAACAACUAUUAGUGUAUUUGCAUGACCUGAAUCGUAUCUGCAGCUUUUCAGCCGUCUCUGUCAGACUGCAGGAUUGUGUUUAUUCAGGAUUUCAGUGUCCACUCUGUCUGCAGGAGGACUGUCACUGCUUUGAGCUCCUUCAUUGUGCAAUGAUGCAGCAGAGAAAACAGCCGAAACUUCUUCGAUGUAUUUCUUUAUUCUUUAAUUCUUCCUGGAUAUAGUAUUUGUGUGUUCAAGAAGUCCAGACUAAGUCCCACUGUUAUCUCGGUUCUUGUCCCUCUACAGCGCUCCAAAAUCGCCUUAUUUGACAAAAUGUGGCAGUACAUGAAAUCAGCAGAGCCCUCAGUCUUUGUGAAGAAAACCUCAGAGGGUGUCCAGCGGGUCCGGAAGUCCAAAGGGAAGUAUGCCUACCUGCUGGAGUCCACCAUGAAUGAGUACAUCGAGCAGAGGAAACCCUGUGACACCAUGAAAGUGGGAGGAAACCUGGACUCCAAAGGCUAUGGCAUUGCCACGCCCAAAGGAUCUCCAUUAAGGUGGGUGGAUCAGUAUAACAAUGCUAGCCAACCUGCCCUGCCAUGUAGCAUUCACACUACUAACCUGCUGCCUAGCUCAGUGCUGCCCCCUGUCCACACAGCCCAGAAUGCUGUGUGCUCCACUGUGUUUAUCAGUGUACUGUGUAUGUCUGUAAACUAUAGACAUCUGUAUACUGUAGAAAUCUGUUUACUGUAGACAUAUGUAUACUGUAAACAUAUGUGUACUGUGUAUAUCAGUGUACUGGAGAUAACCUGUAUAUUAUAGGUAUCUAUAAACUGAAGUUAUCCGUGUUCUGUACACUCUAAAGCUCAGAUGGUUGAGACAGAUAUCAGUCAGUGUCACUGCGGCCAAGUCCAGAGCUAAAGUCCCUCAUUCAGUCUUCUUUGGUCUGGAAACACCAGCUGGCUUCCAGCUGCUCAGUCUGGUGGUUUUUAGCCAAUGGGAGACCUGAGGUCAGAUUUACCUGUCAACACAAUUGACCGACAUAUGGGAACCCUGCCCAGUACAGUAGACCAGUAUAUGGGAACCCUCCCCAGUACAUUAGGCUAGUAUAUGGGGAACCCUGCCCAGUACAGUAGACCAGUAUAAGGGGAACCCUGCUCAGUACAGUGGACCACCACCGGGGGUGGUGUAGUCUGGUCCCAGGCCUCGGUGCCUGUUGGGUGUUGCAGUAUGUGAGUGUGAUGAAUGACACAUGGCAGCGUACUCGUUGUUAUAAUAAUCCACCUACCCUGAUGACAUCAUCUUUGUGGUUUGUAUCUUUACCAUGGUUACCACCCUGACCAACAGGCAGUGGUGGUUUCCAUGACGAUGGCUGGGGGCGAUGAUUCAGGUCUUAAAGCGAGAGCUUAGUAAUGCGGAUGAUGAUUAUAGUCAGUAUUUAUUUAUAGUUUAAGAGGUGGAUGUUGUGAUGAUCUGUGUUGCAGCGUCUCAGUUUAUCCUAACAGAUGAUUACCCUCUUUUUAACAAACUGAAACAUCAAUAUUGUUCAGAAAAUGAGCUCAUGGUGAUUCACUGUUAGCCACUGGUUCAUUUAUAUGUAUAUAUAUGUAGAUACCAAGUAUAGGGUGUAUGUAUGCAUACUUGUAUACAGGGUAAGUCAUUGGCUCACAGUAGGGGGCAGUAAAUGGUUCAGUUUGCUGGUGUCCAUACACCAUAAAACAGUGAGAUGAGAAUAAGCAGCAGCUAGCUUUAGCUGCUAACUGUAGCUGCUCUCUGAAAGCUGGUCAGACAUUUAAUAAGAUGAGAUAAGAUAAGGAGAACUUAAUUUAUCCCUGGGAGGAAAAUUGAUAGAGGUUAAGGGAAUUAUGGUUAAUCUAAAAACACCGUCAGAGCUGCUUUUUCAUACAUUUAGUGAUAAUAUUGAUAUGGUGCAUCUUUAUGAGGGUAAUGAUGAGGUGAAAAUCUGAUGGUCCUGGUUGGUGUGAAACAUUUCAGUUUCUGCUUCUUCCUGUUUUUAUUCUUAAUUCACUAAAGUAAAAGUUUGAAACAGGCCUUCUGAAGACGUAGUUUAUUAUAAACACGAGACAAGAUGCUUCUUUAAGACCUGAAUCACAACAAUCUUUAUGGCUACAGUGAGUGUGUGUGUGUGUUUAUGUGUGUGAGUGUGUGUUUGAAUAUGAAUAUGUGUUGUUGUGUUGAUUUGCAUGCACAGUUUUGAAAGUGUUUCUCACUUUGUGUCUUUUCAGCCGCUACAGAUUUCUGCUCCAUUGUCUCUCUCUCUCUCUCUCUCUCUCUCUCUCCCUCUCUCUCUCUUUUCCUUGCUUUUCCUCCUCCCUCCCUCUCUAUCUCUGUGAUCCUCUGAUGUUGACCUCUGCAGAUGUUUUUAUGAUCAUUUCAGUUGUUUUUAUUGGUCAUAUUUGUGAUUAAAGCUUCAUUAAGUGAUUUUUAAACAGUUAAGGAGCUCUUUUAAUGACUAUUUCUCUGUCAUCAACCCGUAUUUAAUCAAAAUCUUGACUUGUGAGUCUGUGACUCUGAUGAGUCUGUGACUCUGAAGUUACUAAUACCUACUAUCAUUGUUGAUUUACUUUUUUGUUUAUUGCUGGUAGUUAUGCUAACAUAACCUGGACUCUGACUCUGUAGUUGAAGGUUAGGCUCCUAAUUUCAGGUGAGCUCAAUAGGUGACACCUGAAUGGGAUCAUACUAGGUGUCACCAAAACUACAGGACACACAGCCCACGUGUUAUGUGUCUGGUCACUCCUGGACCUGGUUUUAGUCCUAGUUCUGAUCCUUAUGCGGGAUCUAGUUUGUAUUUUUAAACUGAUGUGUCGGGUUGCUUGUUCUUGAUUUGACACUACUGUGAAUUAAAACAGAGAGUAAUCUUUUUACAGUGAAUUUGAUCUCUAUGUCUGAAAUGGCUGCAGACAAUAAAAACACAAACUAUUUUUGGAUAAUUAACCUUGAUUUUUAUGUAAAGGGAAAUAAUUAAAGGAGCUUCUGUUUUAUGUUUCAAAACCAAAAACCUCAAAAACUUUUAAUGUGUAAAAAUCCCUUAAUGGAGCUUUAACUGUAUGAUUUUGAGGUUGAAUCUCUGAAUGUUGUUGUUGGAUGAACAUGGUAGAACCAGAGACAUUAUUGAAAGCUUGAUCAAAGUUUGAACAUAUAUUAGAUUAACUUCAAGUUUGCUGUAGUCAUUUCCUUCUCGUGUCUCUGCUCCUAGCAUGUUUUCACUGUUUCUAUUCACUAAUCAAAGUCAAUGAUUCAUGUGAAACUGUCCAAAGAGGGUUCAGAACAGAAAAUAACAAUGCUCAUUUUAUUUAACGAGUGAAACAAAAAUUUAGAAGGUCUUUUUUAGCCAAUCAGAAAUGUAGUUCUUGAUAAUUCAGAGCAUUUAACACCAAUCAGAUCAGAGUACACUGAGCCCCAUCCCUCUGAUUGAUCACAAUGUCACACCACAUAAAAUCCAUCAUUAUCAAACACCAACCUCCAUUUAUCACCACAUCAGACACAUUUGAUUUGACAAUCUGAUUUACAGAGACAGUAAAGUGAAAUUUGAUCAUCACACCAUGUGAAGCUCUACCUGCUGAAUAACAAUUUGAUCUAUUUCAGAGUAUAAAAUGUUAUUUAAAACAGCAGAAACAAGGAGAAAUAUCAGAUUAAAGCGGAAGGUUUUAAAUUUCAGAUUAAAAUUAGUCAGAGCCAGCCUGACAAACUGGAGACUCAGGGCGCCAUCAAAAUGACCCAAACAUGAAGUCCAAAGCUCGACACGCAAAGAGAACCAGGAGUCCCAGUGUUUUCAUAGUUAGACAGCGAACAAACGGGAGAGUAAAUGAGGCACAAAAAGACAUGAGUUAAAUGUGGGUUUAGAUGUCUUUCCCUUCAGAAGUCAGGUGCACCUAUCAGCAGAUGUGUUUUUGUUAACAUGGAGGAAUUCUGCCUUUUUUUCUGAAACACCUAGGUCCUCACCCUCUUCUCUGCAACACAGAAAAAUGAUAAGUGUGGACAUUUGAGCCAUUAACCGAUGUCAAAUUUGCUAAAACAUUCAUACAGAGCAGCAGGAACUAACUUUACAAACUAAUAAAAAAAAAACUUAAAGACGUAACCAAAACUCUCAGACACUUGAAGCACUAAAACAUUGAUUUUGAAGUAAUAUUUUACUGUAUUCAGCAGGUAGAUCUCAGCGCUAACACAUGUUCAGAUAUUCUGAGUUUACUGCUAACAGGAGAGCAUCAUCCAGCAGUGUGUAUCCUCUUUUUGCUAAGCUUACGUGCACAGCAGCAGGAGGACUGCCUGACGAGCCGCUAACAGACGCUGUGUUCAUGUAGAAAUGCGGUGAACCUGGCGGUGUUAAAGUUGAACGAGCAGGGGCUGCUGGACAAACUGAAAAACAAGUGGUGGUAUGACAAGGGAGAGUGCGGCAGCGGAGGAGGGGAGAGCAAGGUUAAUACACACUCACACACCUGAAACACUCACAAACACACACACAAACACACACACGCACACGGGUGGACCGGAGAAAUCUCAAGAAACAGCACAUCACAGCGCUACCUGUUGUCACAAUUUCACUGAUAAUCAGUGAAUACACCAAAGUUUAUUUUAAUCAUUUUUAGUUGUAUUAUUAUUGUUUUUAUGAUAAUUAUCAUCAUUUUUAUUCUUUUUAUACUUCUAUUAUUAUUAUUGUUUUAUCAUUUUUAUCAUUACUUUUAUUGAUAUUUUUAAUCAUUAUCAUCAUCUUAUAUUUAUUAUCAUUAAACUGUCAAUAAAUUGACUGCUGCAGAGCGCCACCCCUUCAGGAAGCGCUGUGCUCUGUGCUGCUUCUUUUCCUGGUGUUGCGUCCUGUUUGGUUGAGGUCAGAGGUCAGGGGUCAGCGGUCAGGUUUCAGGGUCAGGUGACCUCACACCAGAUGGCAGCAACAAAAAGAGAAAGAGGUGACUGCUGUGGAUAAACUGAGUUUAUCUGCCGCUCUGACCUGUUUCAUUGCAGCACCUCUCACUCUCUGUCUCAGGGGCCGAACAGACUGAGGGGCCCCAUCAACCCCCUGAUAAAGAGCUGGAGAGAGGAUCUGACUUGUAAAUACUGAACUGUCCAGUUGCAUGAAGGACUUGAUUUAUUAUAAAGUAAUCCAGCCUCUCCUAUAUCAGACACACUGUCCUUAGUAGGCCCUCUGUAAGCCGCAGAGCCAGAGUCUGAGAGUCGCUGCCCCACUAAUAACAUAAGAUAACAUUGAUAAUGAUGUUAUUUAUGUUAUUCCCAUUGAAGAGUGCCAGUAAACCUUGCCGUAUUGAAACUGAAUGAGCAAGGGACCCUAGACAAGAUGAAAAACAAGUGGUGGUACGAUAAAGGAGAGUGUGGCUUCAAGGACUCCACCAAUAAGGUUAGUCAUCUGUGUCUGUGGACCAAUCAAACGCUCUGUCUGUUAAUUCAGCAUGCACAGUUCUGUCAGGUCCAUAUGUGCAGAAAAACACAGCACACCUGCACUAUAACUAAACCCAUAACAAGGUAUAAACAACAAGCAAACCUGCACCCAAGCGCCAGCCAUAACCUGUUAUAGACACACUGCACACCUGCCCCUAAGCUCCACCCUUAACCAGGUAAAAACUUACUACACAUAUGCCCCUUAGCGCUACCUAAAUUUAGGAAGAACCACACUGCAUACCUACCCCUUAGCUCCACCCUUAACCAGGUAUAAACACACUGCACACCUGCCCCUUAGCUCCACCCUUAACCAGGUAUAAACACACUGCACACCUGCACAAUAGCUCCACCCUUAACCAGGUAUAAACACACUGCAUACCUGUACCAAAGCUCCACCCACAACCAGGUAUAAACACACUGCAAACCUGCACAUUAGCUCCAGCCUUAACCAGGCAUAAACACACACUGUAAACCUGCACAUUAGCUCCACCCAUAACCUGGAAAAAACCCACUCUUUACCUGCACCUAAGCUCUACCCACAACCAGGUAUAAACACACUUAAAACAUGCACAUAAGCUCCACUGUAACCAGGUAUAAACACACUUAAAACCUGCACAUUAGCUCCAGCCUUAACAGGCAUAAACACACACUGCACACCUGCACAUUAGCUCCAUCCACAACCAGGUAUUAACACACUGCACACCUUUGCAUUAGCCCCACUUAUAAUCAGGUAUAAAAACACUGCACACCUGCACAUUAGCCCCAAUUAAACCGUGUAUAAACACACUGCAAACCUGCACAUUAGCUCCACCCACAACCAGGUAUAAACACACACUACACACCUGGGGCCUGUUCUACGAAGCAGGAUUACUGCUUAGCGAGGUAACUUUUAGGGUAUGUUAGGAGUUUCCUGUUCUACGACAAGGGUUCACUUCUUAACGAGGCGAGUCUCCAUGGCAACGUACGCUGAACAGCUAACCUGCUCCGGGGCAGGUUAGGUGUCAGAUUGAACUCACCGAGUAUAAAAACCCCGCCCACUGACCAAUGAGCUCUCUCGAAAAAUGGCUUGUCUGUUCCUGGAGGAUCCUAUAGACCUCGGCACUCGCAUUGUCCGAGGAGCACUCCGGCGUGCAAGAGUUUUCAGGGACCGCAUGGACCCACUUACUUUUCCAGGUGACCACCUUUAUGAAAGUCUCAUAUGGCCGACAUAUCACACAAAAAAUGUAAACACAAUAGAAAUGAACAAAUGAAUGAAUUCAUCUUGGAAAUGAAUUAGACAUGUCUGGUGCAUGUUAAAAGCGCAUGUUGAACAGUGCUAUUUUAGGGUGAUAAUGGCAUCAAAGAUUUUUUUGCUCACUACACUUACGCAUUGAGACUGUCAGCAAUUUUCUGCCAGCAUUCCUUCCGUGCUUUUGCAGCGGCGACGGUGUUGCUUUUGAGGUUUAUGAUAGAUUUGAAUUCUUCAUACUUUCUCAUGAUCGUCUCCUGCUCCUCGUUGUUUAGCACGCGGUCCUUCGCUCUCUGGCCUGCUCUGAUGCUCCAGACUGGUUCAUGUUCGCAAUCGGUCAGAUGCGGCGGGCUCCGCCUUACAUCCGUGCACGCGCUCAUAGCAAAGCUGGAUCCACUUGCGAGGUUGAUACGACCAGCGUCGUAAGAUCGUUUAGCGAGACCGCUAGCUACCGCGCUAAGUUGAGCGAGGUAACUCUAAGGCUUCCUCGCUAGAUUGAACUUGCUUCGUAGAAUAGGCCACACCUUCACGUUAGCUCCAAUUUAACCAGGUAUAAACACACUGCACACCUGCACCUAAGCUCCACCCACAACCAGGUAUAAACGCACUGCACACCUGCACAAGUUAAAAAAACAGCACACUUGCACCUAAUUACACCUAUUAACAGGUAAAAACCCCUUUAAAACUGUGCAGCUACUUUAUUUUGUGGCAAUAUUUGUAGCUUAUUCUAAAUAAAGUUUUAUAGGAUCAUGUUUGAAUCAUUAGGUGAGUAAAGCAGGUGAAGAGUUUGAAAACUGAACUUCAGUUUCAGUUUUCUUUAAUCUUAAAAAAACAAAGAAGGAUAGGCAAGCAGUUAGAGGAAUAGUUUACAAACAGAAAACCUUAGCGAGAGACAUUCAGAUCCAGUGUGAAUCAGCGGACUGACUUGUUUUCUUUGCUUCAUGUUUCUGUGUUUUUGGUGUUAUUGGAAACUCAGCUCUUGUGUUUUAACUUAAACUCUGUCAGUGUGGAAAAAUAUUUUAAUAUAAAGCAAAGUUCUCACUGAAUGAUCACAGUUUACACAAGGGACUUUUUAAGGACUUUUUGUUUUUAAAAAAAACAGACAGUUUUUUGGGCUCAGCACUCAGGGCUCAACAUAUUAAGUAAAAAAACAGUCAAGUAGCUUUUGUCGUGAGCUUUUAGCUGAAAUUUGUUUAACUUAUCAAUUGCUUUCAACUAACUGUUAACAAAAACAGCAGGACUUCUGAUAUUUGCUCUGUCAACAAGAGGACUAGAAAAGAAACAGUUAGUCUGUGAUAAUCUCUGAGGCUAGCAGGGUUUAUCUAAUGAGGGUCUCAUUCCUUAGUAUAGAGCCUGAACAUGAUUUCUUUGUUUUCACAUUUUCUUCUUGAACCAGCAUAUGCAACAGGAACAAUAUGAAGCAUUCAGAGCUAUUGCAACUGGCUUAAUGGUUACUACCAAGAGAAACAGGAGCAUGCAUGACAGCUUUGUGUCCUAGAAACAGUAAGUUUAGUGAGGACUAAAGUGCUGGCAGUGUAAAACACACUGUCAGCGGACAAAGGAUUUUUAAGCACCGAAGCAUAGACUGUUGAGGUGAUAGAAAUGACGGUUAUGAUAACCAGUUCAUUAAAGGAUAAUAAAGAUGGCAAUUCAAACCCUCUAAAUGUAAAAUAGUAACAAAUUAAGGUUUAGAUUUUUUUGUCCAUAGCAGCUUCUGACAGCUACAGGUGUUACAUGUCCAGGUAUCUUUGAUGGGGUUCAGGGUCACAGUGGCAGCGGUUUCGCUAAACCAUCUGAACAAAUCAUCAGAGCUGCUGGUAGCUGAACUGAGUGGGUUUGGGGGUCACAGUAAUUGGCUGUUUCCUGGUUUUAAGUUCUUCUUUAAAGGACAUAUGAGAAACAGCAGUACAGUAAGAACCGUUUACAGUUAAAAUUUUUAUAUUGAGGUCAGAUGUUUUUUGAGUGUUUCAGGCUUAAAAUAUAGUUAAAAAUAGUUUUAUUAAAACCUGAGAUAUUAUAGGUGAUUCAGGCUCAGGUGUUAAUGUGUGGGUUUUAUUUUGUGGCAGCAGAGGAAAAAUCUAAUGGGUAAUGAGGAGUGUAGAUAGUCAUUGUUUCGUUCUCACUUCAACAGUUUGCUAACCCGUUCUAUCCCCCCUCUUUAUCUGCUGACCAGGAGAAGACCAGCGCUCUGUCUCUCAGUAACGUAGCCGGAGUUUUCUACAUCCUGGUUGGAGGUCUGGGUCUGGCCAUGAUGGUGGCACUGGUGGAGUUCUGCUACAAGAGCAGAGCUGAGGCCAAAAAAAUGAAGGUACGCUCAGCGCAUCACAGCGCCACCUGUGGUCACAAUUUUACUGAUAAUCAGUGGUACUAUAAUUUAUUAUUAUUCUAUUGUUAUUAUUACUGUUUUUAUCGUAAUUCUCAUCAUUGUUGUUGUUUUUAUGUUUCUAUUAAUGUUAUUAUUACUUUAAUUCCAAUAAAACUGUUUUUUUAUAUCAAAUCUAUUAAAUCUAUUCUAAAUCUAUGUUAAAAAUACUUACGGGUUUUAUAUUUAUCAGAGGAGAAAUAUUAGGAAACAAAAAAUACACCUUCAGCUUCAGGUGACAUGAGUUUACAGUUUUAUUUUCUAUGAGCAAAAUUUAAACCUUCAUAAGUAAAUAUGAUAAGAUAUCAAGAAAGUGUCCUUUUGUAUAGUAGCAAUGUUUUUAAGAAAACAAUUUUUAUUUGUCAGCAUUUUAUCUGGCCACCAUCGUAAACUAUAAGGUUAGGUCUCAGCUUGGAAAUGUUUUCUGUUAGGUUUUUACAUUAUGGAUGGUCUUUUGUCCCAUUUUGGUGAAGUUCAGUGUCCUCAGCAGAUAAAAAGCAGGGAUCAGGAAAGGUGUUACACCUGUGAACACCUGCUUUUCUUUUGCAAAGCUGACUGUCCGGCCCACAGAUGGUGGUUCCUAGUGGUAUAUAUUCAGGAAGACUGCUCCACCAAUCAGUCACUCUGGGGACUUUUCAUAGAGGGGGGAGGGCCCGACAUAGGGUGUGUGAUCUGUAGAAACAAUCUGAUGAUAAAGAAUUUAGACAGAAAAGUCAGACCCACCUUCACCUUUAUUUUUGAGGCAAGGAAAAGUGGAGCCACAGGUUAUUAUUAAACAGCAUUUAUAUAAUGUUUAAACUUUGUUCUUUUCAAUUCAGCUUUAUUUUUAACAGGGAGCCCCAAUCAGAUCUAAGCCUCUGUAUUGAGGCUAUAGUCUCCAUCACAACAGUCCUAGUAUGAUUCCCAGCCACAUACCUUCAAUGUAUAUCUGCCUUCGCCCUCUGCUAACCCUUAUCUCCUGUCUCUCUUUGGCUGUCCUAUCUAAAAGGCAAAAAAUACCCCAAUAAUGUACCCUUAGUUUGGGUUAAGCCUUGGGCCGCUUGCCAAAGUAACCCAUGGCCCAGACGACUUAACAGAAAACAGACUUUCUCCUGGGAGGACAGCCUAAAGAUUUCCACCUGACACUCCCCAAUCCUAACCUAUGAGGACCCCUGAUCAGUGUUGCUGUAGCAGCAUGUAAGAGAGCCUAAUCAAUGCUUGAUGAGUGUUCAGUGGUCAAAAGGUCUUUUGGAGGCAAGGUGAGGACCAGGUCCAAAAGAGCAGCUCAUAAAGCCUUCUACGAAGAGAGAUGAGCUUUGACCUCUGUGGCAAAGCAGAGACAUGGUACAAGAAUGAGCAUUCCCCCAGUCCUCCUGCUUUACAACCUGUGCUGAGACAGGAUCUCAUGUCAGGGCAAGAUAUCAAGCCAGGACAGGAUCUGAAUCUAGCAUAGCAAUAGUUAGCAUAGCAAUAGCCCAUAUCAGCUGAGAUGAUAGAGGGGCAUCCUUUUUAAACAGCUGUAAUCUGCCUACUCUUUCUUCUCCCUCCAAAAUCAUUUCACAACCCACCCAGGCUCCUCCUUUAUGAUGUGUCUGAUCUUACCAAUGUUGUAAAUAUUGUCACUGAUGUCGGCUCUGUCCUGUUUUGGUGGAUUUGCAACUGCUGCUUUCCCCGCCUGGGAUACGAUCUUGUAACAGGACAGAAUCAUACAUCAUGAUAGGACCUUUUGCAUGGAGAGGAUCUUGAGCCUGUGCUGCCUGGCGUCUUGAGAGUGGACCACCAUCAUCCCCUCAUGAAAUCAGUUGGUUGUAGUGCAGUUGCAGAGUGAAUCAUCAUGAUUUUCUCCUAGAAGGCAACAAUUCCUGCAGCCAUGUUAGAUAGUGGUACUGGUUUUGUCCGUCUCCCUGAGCAGCCGGGUGAAGGGGGGUGUAGUCAGUUCCAAGAGGAUCUAGUGGCUGUAUGGUUGAGCAGGUAGAGGUGGAUCAGGUAGAGGUAAAGGACCAGCAGCAGUACCAUGAACUGAUUCAAGUCUUUCAUUGGCUGCCUUUCCAAAGCCAGCGAAACACUCCUCUUCCUCCCUCUUCCUCCAGAGAGAUGCUGUCACCUGCUUCAACAAACAACUAAAACACCUGGCAUUACAACCACCAAGGAUUUAACAUACAGUUCAGAGUAAACUUUACAUGUUGAUCUGAGACAGAGGUUUAACAGAGACCAGUAAGGGCAGAUGCAGAUUUAUCAGGACUCAGCAAGGAGAAAGGAAACUCAUCACCUUAACCUUCUUCCUAACUUCUCACCUGAUCCCAAAGUACUAACUCCUUACCUUAACCAGAACUACUUACUCCUUACCUUUACAUUCCUCCUUACUGACUACCUUAUUCACAAGUCCUAACUCAUUUGCAAACUCCAAAUCCUUACUCCUUAUCUUAACCCACAACCGUAACUCCUUACUGUUACCUCCCCCCUAACUUUUUACCAUUACCUUCCACCUUACCGUAACCUUCCUCCUCACUCCUUCCCUUAACCUUCAUUCUAUUUCCUCACCUUACUUUCCUAAUAACUCUUUACCCAAACUAAAAAUCACAACUCCUAACCUUAAUCCCAAAUCCUUACUUGUCACCUUAACCCCAAAUACAAUUUAUUACAUUAACCCCAAGUCCUUACUCCUUACCUCAAUCUUACAUCCUGACUCCUUACCUUAACCACACCCCUACCUCAUCUUACCUUAAUCUUACACCCUUACUCCUUACCUUAAUCAUAUGUCCUUACUCCUUACCAUAACCUUCCCCCUUACUUCUUACCUUAAUCCUCCUAACUUCCUUAACCUUCCUCCUCACCUGCCUCACCUAAACCCCAAGUCCUAAAUCCCUACUGAAACCAAAUGUCCUAACUCCUAGCCUUUAUCCCAAGGCCAAACUCCAUACUUCAACCCAAAGUCCUAACUCCUUACCUCAACCCUGAGUCCUGGAAUUACUGCCUACCUUAAUCCCAAAUCCUAACCCCUUCCUUAGCUUUAAGUCCUCAUUCCUUACCCUAACCCUAACUUCUUACUUCUUACCCUAACCCUAUUCGUAACUCCUUGUUUUAACCCAAUGUCUCUUUCCUUUAAUUCGUAGUCCAACUCUUUACUUGAACCCUGAGUCCUUACUCCUCACCUAAAUCCUAACUCCUUAACUUUAAGUCCCAACUUCUUACCUUAACCUUCCUCCCAAUUCCUUACCCUAACCCUUCCCUCUACUUCUCACUGUGAUAUAUCUGCGGUGGCCUUUGGCCCACACCUCUUCUGGUUGUUCUUUCAUUUUGGUCAGGGUUUCUGGUCUGUUUCCAUGAGGUUUUACUUUUUUCAGUUCUGUUUCUAUUUCUUAGAUGAUAAGAAAAUCACAGAGGCACUGUUGAAACAGGGUUGUUGUAGAAGUAACGAUGACUUUAUCUCUGUUGUAAAGGUGGCAGCCAACACCUUGACUUCCCCCCAGCAUACAGGAAACUACACACACACUCUGACCUCUCCUCAGCACGCCCCCAACUUCAACCUGCUGUCCCCCAGCCACCAGCCAAACUACGCCACCUAUAAAGAAGGCUACAACGUUUAUGGCAUUGAGAGCGUCAAGAUCUAACCCGGGUAGGAGAGAGAUGAUUGAUGGCUGAACCUUCCUCACCCCACAGUCAUAAACAGCAUGAUAACAGACGGUUAAUCUGAUGAAUUCAAACCUGCAAACAGCAGCUGCAGUCACAUCAGUCCGAACAAACCUGUCUUUGACUUUUAGGGUUUAUCAUUUCGUAUCCUUGUGUUACUAAUUGACAUCUAUUUGAUUUUCGAUGCUGUUUUCUGUCCAGAAUCACAAAACUUCAGCCGAAACUCGAGAAUAAAGUUAGAAACACUUUCUGUAAAAGAAGAAAAAUAAAGUGGUUGAAGAUAAGACACCAAUGUUCAUCCACUUCAAUCUGAUUUUAAAAUCAUCUUCAGACUAAACUUGUUUUAUCUGUUUUAUUGAAGGAAACAGACAAAGACAUGAACGCAGCUAGAGUUUGAAUCUGGAGGGAAAAAUACUUCAAAUAAAACCUUUAUUAAAAAAAAAAAACAGUUUAUGGCUGUGAUCCUCCUCAUCAGCUUCCUCACCUCCUUCAUCUCCUCAGAGAUGCCCCUACUCCCUCUUAUCCCCUGUCCUCAUCUCCUCUGUCCUCAUUUCCUUGGUCCUCACCCCCUUUGUCAGUCCCCUCUGUCCUCAUCUACUCUGUCUUUGCCUCCUCUGUCCUUGUACUCUACUCCCUGCUUCUCACUGUCACCAUGUCCUCUCUCUUUCCCUCUGUCCUCAAUGCCUCUCUUCAUGUCUCCUCUGUCCUCACUUUCUACUCUCUUUGUUACUGUGUCCUUGUCUGUUUGUCCUUAUCUCCUCCUACCUUGUGUACAACUCCCUACUCUCCUUUGUUCUUAUCUCCUCUGCCAUCAUCUUCUCUGUCCUGUCUUCAUCUUCUCUUUCCUUAUCUCAUCGAUCCUUAUCUCCCCUGCCCUCAUAUCCUUUUGUCUCCUCUGUCCUAGACUUCUGAUCUCUGUUUUAAUCUGUCCUCAUCUCUGUCCUAAUCUUCUCCCUCUGUCUCCCCCAUCCUUACCUUCUACACUCUCCUUUCCCCUAUCACCAAUUCCUCUGUCCUUUUCUCCUGUGUCCUUAUCCUCAUACUAUCCUCAACUGUCCCCUCUCCUUUUUUCUCAUCGUCUCUGUCCUAGUUUCCUCUGUCAUCUACUCCUCUGUUCUCAUCUUCUCCACUCUCAUCUCCCCUGUCUUCAUCUACAUUGUCCUCAUCUCCUCUGUAUAUGUCACCUCUGUUGUCUGCUUUCUCCUCCUUACGGUCUGUAUAUGUCCAGUGUCUUACAAUUUAUUUGUUUUUCAUCAUCCUUUCACCUGUUUAUUCUGUCCAUUUUCUGCCUUUUCUGUCUUUUUGUCCCGAUGCCUUUGUCUUAAUCUUGACCUACCCUUCCCUCUAUCCCUUGUUUAUCAGUCCUCUGUCCUCUAGCCUCCCCAUUCAUCCCUUUGUCCUGAUCUCCUUAUCUCCACCCCAGACCUGGUAUUUUCCUUCUUCCAUUGUCUCAGGUGUUUUUUUCCCCUUUCCUCAUUGAUUUCCUCUUUACUUCAUAUCAUCCUUCUACCUGCACUUAGCCAUCAGCCAAUCAUGCUCCAUCUCUUUUUUGUCAGCUUGUCUUCAAAGGACAAAGAACCUUUUGUUUGAGACACAUUGGUUUGGAAUGGUUUGGAUGGGAAGAAGGGUUAGAACUGAUUUAGACUAGUUUGGACCAGUAAGCUCUAGUUUGGACUGGUUUAGGCAUGUAAGAACUGAUAUGAUAUGGACUGGUUUGGACAAGAUCAGACAAUUUUGGACUGGUUAGAACUUGUUUGGACUAGUAAGGGCUGGUUGAGACUGAUUUUAUGCUGGUUUGGACUGGUAAGGACAGGUUGUGACUACUUAGGACUGGUUUAGACUGGUUGAGACUUGUUGGAGUGGUUUGGACUACGUAGGAUUGGGUUAGACUAAGUAGGGCUGGUUUGGACGAAGGAUGGGGUUUUGGAGGUAUUAUUUUCUCUGUGAGCCAGUAACACCUAAAAAGAACCCCUGAAUCUGUAAUCAGACCUUGUCUUGGAAUGGCCCAUCUAACAAAUUAAACUACCAGCUGGUUUCGGGUUGAAGCAGGUCAAUGUGGUUUACCUCCUCUUGCUCUUGUUUGAAAAGAAGAGUGGUGCUUGUACAGUAAAGGGGUCUGUUGGGUCCAAUGACAGUCCUGGUUGGUACAGACUUCAUACCCCGACAGUGUCUCCUUACCUCACAUCAGAGCUCUUUUGGUCCACGUUUUAUGCCCAGUCUUGUAGGAUCAAAUCCCCUCAGGUGAUUGUACACAGCUGGUUGUGUUGGAUUGUUCAAGGAGCUGUUUGUCUCUGUUUUUUUUUUUUACAAAGUGAAACAUCGUGCCUCAGACAAGGACCAGAUGAGGUUGAGAAUCUUUACAUGCCUGUGAUCGAUAACUGUUCUGCACAUUUGACAACAGUUUUAAUGUGAGAAUUAAAAAAAAAAAAGAGAAAAUAGGGACUAUCCAGCAAGAGACAAAAAAGAAAAAUUAAUCUUUGUCAGGUGUACAAUAAAACUUUGUAAAACUCCUUCAUUGUCCUAAUUCCAUGAUACAGAUAUUGACAUAUUAUUCUACCAUCAUAGCAACUAUUUCGGACCAACAGACACUCAUUCAGUGACAAUCUGUUUUACUAACAAUCCAAACCAGUUCUCCUUUUUUUAAUAACACUGCUGCUCCUUUUUUAAUAAGUUACCUUUUUUGCUUUAUUAUUCAAGAACAUCAAUCAAGCUCCACCUAUAGUGCUUCAACCCCUUCAUAUACAAGCUCCAUCUGCAUCUCUCCAGCAUCUUCAAAUACAAGCUUUACUUGCUUCACUCCAACAUCUUCAUAUACAAGCUUCACCUACAUCAUUCCAACAUCUUCAUAUACAAGCUUUACCUAUAUAACUCCAAAAUCUUUUUAUACAAGAUUCACCUGCAUAAAUUCAACACCUUCAAAUACAAGCUCCACCUGCAUUAUUUCAACAUUUUCAAACAAGCUUCACCUGCAUCGCUCCAACAUCUUCAUAUACAAGCUUCAUCUACAUCAUUCCAACAUCUUCAUAUACAAGCUUCAUCUACAUCAUUCCAACAUCUUCAUAUACAAGCUUCACCUAUAUUAAUUCAACACCUUCAAAUACAAGCCCCACCUGCAUUAUUUCAAUAUUUUUAUACAAGCUUCACCUGCAUCACUCUAACACCUUCAUAUACAAGCUUUACCUACAUCACUCCAACAUCUUCAUAUACAAGCUUCACCUACAUCACUCCAACAUCUUCAUAUACAAGCUUCAUUUACAUCACUCCAACGACUUCAUAUACAAGCUUCACUUACAUAAAUUCAACACCUACAAAUACAAGCUCUUCCUGCAUUAUUUCAACAUUUUCAUACAAGCUUCACCUACAUCACUCCAACAUCUUCAUAUACAAGCUUCACCUACAUCACUUCCAACAUCUUCAUAUACAAGCUUCAUCUACAUCGCUUCCAACAUCUUCAUAUACAAGCUUCACCUACAUUCCUUUCAACACCUUCAUAUACAAGCUCCGCCUGCAUUAUUUCAAUAUUUUUAUACAAGCUUCACCUGCAUCACUCUAACACCUUCAUAUACAAGCUUCAUCUACAUCACUCCAACAUGUUCAUAUACAAGCUUCAUUUACAUCACUCCAACAUCUUCAUAUACAAGCUUCACUUGCAUAAAUUCAACACCUUCAAAUACACGCUCUUCCUGCAUUAUUUCAACAUUUUCAUACAAGCUUCACCUGCAUCGCUCCAACAUCUUCAUCUACAAGCUUCAUCUACAUCAUUCCAACAUCUUCAUAUACAAGCUUCACAUACAUUUCUUUAACAUCUUCAUAUACAAGCUUCACCUACAUCAUUCCAACAUCUUCAUAUACAGGCCUCACCUACAUUAAUUCAACACCUUCAUAUACAAGCUCCGCCUGCAUUAUUUCAAUAUUUUUAUACAAGCUUCACCUGCAUCACUCUAACACCUUCACAUACAAGCUUCACCUUCAUCACUCCAACAUGUUCAUAUACAAGCUUCAUUUACAUCACUCCAACAUCUUCAUAUACAAGCUUUACUUGCAUAAAUUCAACACCUUCAAAUACACGCUCUUCCUGCAUUAUUUCAACAUUUUCAUACAAGCUUCACCUACAUCACUCCAACAUCUUCAUAUACAAGCUUCACCUACAUCACUUCCAACAUCUUCAUAUACAAGCUUCAUCUACAUUCCUUUAACAUCUUCAUAUACAAGCUUCACCUACAUUAAGUCAACACCUUCAUAUACAAGCUUCAUCUACAUUCCUUUAACAUCUUCAUAUACAAGCUUCACCUACAUUAAGUCAACAUCUUCAUAUACAAGCUUCAUCUACAUUCCUUUAACACCUUCAUAUACAAGCUCCACCUGCAUUAAUUCAACACCUUCAAAUACAAGCCCCACCUGCAUUAUUUCAAUAUUUUUAUACAAGCUUCACCUGCAUCACUCUAACACCUUCAUAUACAAGUUUCACCUACAUCACUCCAACAUCUUCAUAUACAAGCUUCACCUACAUCACUCCAAUAUAUUCAUAUACAAGCUUCAUCUGCAUCACUCCAACACCUGCUCAUCAUGCUUUGUUUUUGUGACCUGCUGCAUUUACUUACCAAAGGAAAAAUUUUGCAAUACGAUAUCUAAUAAGCGUACUAAAAAUAUAUGUUCUGUUUGUUUGUGUGUCCUCAGUUGCUGUUGUAAAGUUCAUUAUUUGUGUUUUUAUGGGACUUGAGCUUUUUAAGGAAGAGAGAGAAAGACAGAGAGAGAGAGAGAGAGAUCUCAGUGUGUUUAAUCUCUUGACUGUCUCAGCUGACAGAAACAUAUUUACUGACCUGUGGACCUGUUACUUCUUUUUAAUUCUGUCCUUGUGUUUCUCAUCACUUUCACAUUUUGAUUUGGUCGUGGACCUCAUCUGCUGCUUGCUUUAUGGGAGGAAACACAGAUGUCUGUUUAGAAAUCGAUUGUUUUCUUAGAUUAAAGAUUAUAUUAGUCUUCGAUUUUUAAGAUUAUUGAAUAGCAAAAUAAAAAAGUCUCUAUAUAAUGUCUCACUGUAAUAGUGACGUUUUCCUGGUGCACUGUUUUACUGUUCAGAUAGUCCUCCUCAAAUGUUUCUCUGUGUAAUUGAACUUUUUAUCACACUUUAGUUCAUGCAAAUCUUUGAUAUUUAAGAUUCAUGAACACCAUAACGAUAAACUCCUACAGGUUUUCCUCCUUCCUCAAACUUCUCUCUGUGUCAUUUUAAACAUUAGUGGUUGUGACUUUACUCGUUUUUCUCAUACAGAUGAAAUUCACCGAUGCGAUGCGCUCCAAAGCUCGUCUGUCCAUCACAGGAUCGACCAGUGAGAAUGGUCGUGUCCCAGUGGCUUACCUACGUCCAGGAUUACCCAUGAGCCUCAGCAUGACUGAUCUCUCCUGA